AUGAGUGGAAUCCACCGAUUCUUGACGCGUCGCGACCGAAACCACAAGUUGAACAAGCAAAGCAAAGAAGAGGCAUCCCAUCUUCUCUCCCGACCGUUAUUCCAGAGCUUCUUCAAGUCAGAAACCAAGCCAGAAGAGAACCAGGAACAUGACAAGAAGGUCAAAGCCCUCGUGCAACGAAUCAAACAACUCGGUAUUACUGCAUUAGAGGAGGGCCAUAUCAGCUAUGCAUUACAAUCUACACACGGAGAUACAGAAAAGGCGUUCAGUCUGCUACUUCUGCUGGAGGACUCCAUUGAAGGCAUUAUCAGGACUUACACACCCAACACCAAGCUUCUAGGAGCAGAGAAUCGUGCAGGGGUUACAUGCUACCUGGAUUCCCUGCUGUUCGCCAUGUUCGCACGUCUUGAUUGUUUCGAAGCCAUCCUAUACAAAUCAUUUAGUGAUGAGCCCCGUCGAAAGCUUGCAGUUCUUCUGAGAUUAUGGGUGAACCUUCUGCGAUCAGGAAAGCUCAUUACAACAGAUAUGACAAAACAUUUACAGGACGCUCUAGCAGAAUGUGGUUGGGAAGAUGCGGCCAAACUCCGCCAACAAGAUACAUCAGAAGCAUUUACCUUCAUCACUGAGAAGCUUGAGCUGCCACUCUUGACUCUGAAAAUGGACAUCUUUCACACCGGCAAAGAGGACGAGAGCGAUGACCACAAGUUCAUCAAUGAAAGGCUUCUGGAAGUUGCCAUCCCACCCGAGCCAAUCGAUGGGGAGCAAUCUCUCACGUUGGAAGAUUGUCUGGAGGCCUAUUUCAAUAACAGGAUUGAAGUGAAACGACACAUGCAGCGACGUAACACGGCUACCUCAACCCGAUCAAUGGAUUCUGCCUCCAUAUCCAAGGGCUCCACUACACAUGUUGAAGCAAUCGAGAUUGAGACUACGCCCACCUUGUCACCUGAGCCAUCACUUACUCCGCAACCCGAAAGACCCAGCCCCUGGUUAUCGUUCACUGAGUUCACUGAAGCCCUUGGCUCAUCGCGGACACCUGGUCGACGUGCUAGUAUCGUUCAAGAACGGUUCUUUCCGGAUUCGAGCGAAGAAACCAAUUCCGAUGAUACUAAGAACGAGAACGAGGACGGGAAAGCUACCACGCCAGAAGGGCCACCACGGAGGGGAGUCUACAAGAAAGAGGUGAUGAUGCCUGCAUGGCAGUUUUUCAGCUUGAUACCAUGGUAUACUGACAAUACGCCAACAAAUGAUGCGCAAGUUGCAGCACACUUUUCCUCCAAACGGCCAAUCCUUGGAAUGUGCCUCAAGCGCUAUUCGGUCUUACCAAAUGGUAAGGCUGUCAGGCUCAACACACAUAUUGAUAUUCCCACCGAGAUUGGCCUGCCUCAUUUUAUCCAGGAUGACAAUCUAGAUGCAAAUGCUCCCAUCUAUGGCAAUUUCAAACUUUCCCUGCAGGCUUUAGUCUGCCAUAGGGGAAACUCAGUUGACUCCGGGCAUUACAUCGCCAUAGUCCGGGGCACUAGUCCCGAUGUUGACUCUCCUGACGGCACUUCCUCAGAUGCUUCAGAGACAUCAAAACAUUGGAUGCGCUUUGAUGAUCUUGCAGCAGAACGGGUAACUCUGGUUGACAUUGAUCAAGCAUUGAAGACCGAAUCUCCCUAUCUUUUGUUCUAUCAAAUUCUUCCGAUUGCCGAGGAUCCAUCUGCGGUUAAUCUUCAGCAUGCGCCAUCCUCUCGGGCGUCGGAUGGCAGUACACUGGGCGAUCAACUUGAUUUAACCGAUGACGUGGCUUCUGACAGACCAAGUGUUGAAGUCACUGGACCUCGUGAAACUGGUGCGCCAACCUUAGCCAAUCCUCCAAGGCGAUCCAGUGUGGCAUUCUCAGAAAACAGCAACCCAAGCGGUCUUCAGCCGCAUUCUAUACCAUCUUCAUCGCCUAGAUUGGCACCAAUGGAAGAAGAAGGCACAAACAACUGGCGAUCCUUCUCUCGUCGUGGAUCCCGAGCAACUAGGAGCAAUCCUGGAAGUCGUGCCGGCAGUCAAACCGGUGAAAACAGAAUCAGCGCCACCUUCUCGCGUUUUGCUGGGCGGCUUAGCCGAGACAAAAUCACCAAUGAUGGAUUCAGUGAGGAAGGCGAAGGAGAUGAGUCCGCCUUGGACAUCGAUGAGGCAAUGGAUGAGAUGAAGCUCGGGCCAGGUGCCUAUGAGAAGGAGAAGCGUGGAAGAGGACGAACCAAAGAUAGUGACAGGAACAAGGGGAAGUCCAAGGAGAAGUCCAAGGAAAAGAGCAGGAAACCGGAUCGCGAAUGUGUGGUGAUGUGA